CAAGUCUUGCGUUCAUAAUUAGAACAUCAAGUCGACUGCUCUUGUAAAAUGGAAACUAAUGAUGUUAAAAAAUUUCAUCAGUGUGUUCUAUGUAAUGAAAAUUUCCAAGAAUAUGAUGAUUUAAAAUUACAUAAUAAAAUACAUGUUAAAGAAGAGAAAGCUGAUGAUGUAGAUGGAUAUUGUCAUGUUAAAGAAGAGAAAACUGAUGAUGUAGAUGAAUAUUGCCAUGUACAGUUUAAAGAAGAGAAAACCGAAGAUAUUGAAACUGUUUAUCAGUGUAAUUUGUGUGAUGGGGAAUUUAAUUCUGAGACCGAUUUAGAAAAACACUGUGAAAUACAUGUUAAAGCACAUGUUAACUUAGAGGAAACCAUAGGAAAUAUUUUACAACAAUUUAAAGAUGACGAUAAGAUUCAAGAUAAGAUGAGUUUUGAAAAACCUUUUAGAUGUGAUUUUUGUGGUAAAUCAUUUAAUACGCAAAGUCAGUUUCAGACACAUGUGAGAAUUCAUACAGACGAGAGACCUUUUAAAUGUGAUGUUUGUAGUAAAUCAUUCACCACACAAAGCAAGUUUCAAACACACCUGAGAAUUCACACAGGCGAGAGACCAUUUAAAUGUGAUGUUUGUGGUAAAUCAUUUAUUCAGAAAGGAUAUAUUGAAAGACACAUGAAAGUUCACACAGGUGAAAAACUUCAUACAUGUGAUGUUUGUGGUAAAUCGUUCAGUGAUUGGGGUAGCCUUCACAGACACAUGAGAAUUCACACAGGUGAAAAACCACAUAAGUGUGAUUUUUGUGGCAAGUCUUUUUGCACUAGUGGUGAUCUACAGAGACACACAAGAACCCAUACAGGCGAGAGACCUUUUAAAUGUGAUAUUUGUGAUAAAUCGUUUAGUUGUAACCGUGGGAUACUGCAACAUAUGAUAACUCAUUCAGGGGGAAAACCAUAUAAAUGUGAUGUUUGUGGUAAAUCAUUUAAACGGAAGACUUGUUUUGCUAUCCACAUGAAAAUUCACACCGGAGAAAGGGCUUUUAAAUGUGAUAUUUGUGGAAAAUCAUUUACCCAAAAUUCUAAUCUGCAAAGACACAUCAAAACUCACACAAAGAUAUGAUUUAGGUGGUGUUGACUUGGAACAUUGUUUCUUGUUGCCCUUGCGCUUAGGACCGCAUUGCUUUUCAGCACAAAAGAUUUUAAAGUAUUAUUUGAAUGUUUCUUUCAUUUUUAACAACUAUUUUAGAAAUAAUAUAUUUGUAUUAUUUAUAUUUACCUGCUAAACAAAAAUUACCAGUCUGUUGCCAUGUUUAAUAAAAAAAACAAUAGAAUGGAUUUGAUAAGAGCUGUAAUUUACGUAAAUUUGAUUGCAUUUACAGCCAAUGAGAAAAAGCUUUAUAUAAAAUGCAUGGCAACCAACAAAAACUUCUUAAGGCAGUAUGGUUUACUGUUUUUCAUUGGCCACGAGGAGUGAAAUACUGGAAAUCCCUGGAAUCUAGACCAAUAAAAACAUUGGCCACGAGGAGUGAAAUACUGGAAAUCCCUGGAAUCUAGACCUAUAAAAAUGUCCCUUGUCUCUCAUCUAGGUAAUAUAUAUCAACAGGGCUGCAUUUGGCGGAGGAUUAAGCUGAUUUAACAACUUGUUAACAUGGAGUUCAUGGAUCGUUAUCUUUAACGGAGAGAAAGUUUGUUGCUGGAAGCCCCAUUAACUUUAACAUGUCGUUAACUUGCCAUUUUAUUUAACGACGUGUUGGGCUCCGUUAUCUGUUUCACAAUGGUAUUAGUCGGCUGUCAAUCGAAGUAUACCCAUAGCAAAAAAUCAUAGAUGACCAGUGUAAUUUUCUAUAGAACAUUCUAGAGGGUUGGGCUAUUCCAUUUUCUAUAGGAUGAUAUUCUGUAGUAUUCUACAGAAUUUAGGGGGCCUGUAGGAAAUAAUGGACCCAAAUAUUCUAGUUUCUGUAGUACAAAUCCCAUAAUUUUUCCCACA